AUGGGGCAAGUCUGCUAUAGGGAGCAUGAUGAAGCACGAUUGCUCAAUUCUUCAGAUAUCAAAAAACCCGAAUCCAUUUAAGGAUCUAUGAACAAAUCUAAAACUAGCGGAGAUUGUUUACAAACGCAAAAUGUUUUAGAUAUGUCUGAUGAUCCUGAGUUUUAAAUGGAAAAUGAUGAAUUUCUCCGACUUUCAAAUAAAAAUACCCAAGAAAUGGAAGUUGGGGGUAAAAUAAUUGAAAAAGACCUGAAUUCUCCUCAUUCAACGAAAGUCAACAUUGAUAGUUUUAGAUUGCUGAAGGUUUUGGGUAAAGGUUCUUUUGGUAAAGUUAUGCUUGUUUAAUACAAAUCUAAUGGUAAGUAUUACGCAAUGAAAGUUCUCUAAAAAAAAAAUAUAUCAAAUGAAAGAUAAAAGAGACACACUGAAACCGAGAGAAUCAUUUUAGCUACAUGUUCUAGUCCCUUCAUCGUAAAAUUGAGAUAUGCAUUUUAAUCACCCUACAAAUUGUAUUUGGUUGUUGAUUAUUUACCAGGAGGUGAACUCUUCUUCCAUCUAAGGAAAGUUAUUAAAUUUGAUGAAAUAAUUUCGAAAUUUUAUGCUGCCGAAAUUCUCUUAGGCUUACAAUAUUUACAUGAAAUUAAUAUCAUUUAUAGAGAUCUAAAGCCAGAAAAUAUCUUAUUAGAUGAUAAAGGCCAUAUUAGAUUGACUGAUUUUGGGUUAUCUAAAAUUAUGCUAGAUGAAGAUAAAACUGCAUUUAGUCUAUGUGGAACUCCUGAGUAUUUAGCCCCUGAGAUAUUAACAGCAAAAACUGGAUAUGAUAAGACAUGUGAUUGGUGGAGUUUUGGUGCCUUACUUUAUGAAAUGCUAGUAGGAGCACCUCCUCAUUAUAGGGAUAAUAAGAAGGAAAUGAUAAGAAAAAUAUUGACUCAACCUAUUCCAUACCCACCAUUUCUAUCUGAAUCUGCCAAAUCAUUAUUGCAAUAAUUGUUGGUUGUUGACCCUAAAAAGAGAUUAGGAUUUUAUUAGGAUGGAUAUGAAAUCAUGUAACAUUCCUUUUUUGAAACUAUCAAUUUCUAAGAGAUGGCUCUUUAAAAGGCAAAACCUCCCUACGAAUUUGAUAAAAAGGAAUUGAAGUAUUUCGACGAAGGAUUAACGAAAUAAAUUGCAAAAGACACACCUGUAAAUGGAACUUUGAUACCAAACUAAAAUUUUUCAAAUUUCACUUAUCAACCGAGUGUUGCAAAAUGAAAAUCAUUAAUUUUUUAAACAUCAAAAACAAGUAGGU